CGGCAGCUUCAAACGGACCGAUGAUGGCGGAGGGCAGAGGGGAGUUUUUCCGCAUUUUGCUGCAGGGUUUGCGGGAGAAGCCCGACCGGUCAGGUUCGGUACGGCGGGACCGCGGUGGACAACGUGCGCGACCGCGGGGACGGACCCGAAGACAGGCCGGCGGCAGGAGGAGCAGGGGGAGGAGGCAGCCGAGGGCAGAACCGAGGCCAUGUGGCGGGAAUGAGCACCGCUGUCCAGAAGCACGAACAGACAAAAAGAAGGCAGAUAUUCCCAAAGCGACCUCCUCGGUUUCCAAGGAAAACUUUCUGGAAAGGUUACCGUCUGAGGUUCUGUUCAAGAUCCUGUCGUACCUGGACGCGUCCUCGCUCUUCUGCAUUUGCCACGUCAGCAAGCUCUUCCACCAGCUCGCCAACGAUGACAUCAUGUGGCACAGGAUCUACAUGUCAGAGUUCGGGUGGAAGCUGAAGUGGCCUGACGACGUGGGGGUGAAGGAGGAGCUGGCGAAGGAUCGAUCGACGGGCCGCUGGAAAAGGAUGUACUUCCAGAUGAUGACUGGGCAGGAGAUGAACAAGUGGAGAAGGGAGCUGAGAGACAUCAACGUGUACACCGGCCUGCCCCGGCAGACCGAGUGGGUUCUCAGGAGGCUGAAUGUGAGCUGGGAGCUGACGCUGCACACUCAGUCGGGUUGGGAGGUCACGCUGGAGCAGAGUCGAGCGUACUUCUUCGAGUCCUCCACGACCGUCCGCUGGAGCGGUGGCGGCUUCCCAUCCUACCAUCACAUCAGCAGCAUCCAGGUGCACGGAGUCAGGAAGGGGAAGGCCAAGGAGCCAGUCUGGCGCUCUCUGAUUUUAGAUCUGGACGUGAAGACUCAUCUGUGUCGGUUCAUGGGUAAAGACAGACAGAUGAAGCUCAUGUACCUGCCGCCAGGCGUCAUCGUCGGCAUCCAGAGGGGUCGGAGCAAUGUGGCCUUCAUCAUGAUCAGCCUGCACUUCCACAAGCUGGUGGAGAAGAGUCUGCUGGGAUCUCCAGUCUGCCUGUACUCUGAACCUGUGGACACGCCCCCUGCGGACGACUCGGACCCUGUUUUUGGUCUUCACAGCUACAGUCUGCACUUCGUCCUGCACAACACCGACACUGAGAUCAUGUCGGGACACUUCGGCCAGCUCUCCUGUGGCACAGGUCAGAGGCAGUGUGGACUGGUGGAGCUGAAGGUCAUCAACAGGACCAACAUGUCCCAGCACAGAUUGCUGUCUGGAAGCAUCGAGCUGCCCUGGAAGAGCGAGGAGCUGGAGGGCUCAGUGGAGAACUGCUGCAUCAUGACGCUGACGCUGCUCGACGAGUUCCAGAAACCCUUCUGGUGCGUCAGCUCCCCCGUCUCCAUCUCCAUGGUGAAGUCGCAGUCCUGCGACUACAGCGGCGACAACUUUCUGACGGUUUACAGCAGCUCUGAGGGUCAGGUGAAGAUGAAGCUGGUGUGGUUGAAGGAGCAGCAGCAGUUCUUCCUCAUCAGCCUCACGCUCUACGUCUCCAUCCGCAAAGUCAACAAGCACUUCAGCACCAAGUACGGAAGCUGACCUGGUCCAUUCGGGUUUUACAAGGAGAAGAAACGAGAAUCUGCUUCACGUGUUUGAGAAGGUUUUUUUAUCAGUUAAAAGAUGAACGCUUGAAUUCUAAUUUAAUAGAACGUUCAUGUAACACAGACGGUAUUCAGUGUUUUUUCCAUUAUGCUCUUUGGUUUGAAUCACAAACACAAGCAUUUCAUGUGUGUCAUAAGCUGUUCAUCUAUUUUAUUUUCAGUGCUGAUCAAUUCAUUUUUCAUGGUUGGGAAGCAGGUUGCAAAUUAAACAUGA